GCUACAUACUCAUGCUUUUUUGAUUAAUUAUCAUUCCAUGAAAUCGAAUGAGUCGGAAGACAAGUGAGUGAGUCCAAACUGAUCUAACAACAAAGAAACGAAAUCGUAAAAUAUUCAUAAAUGCGAAAUACUAGUGCACUGACGUCACACGGUGAUUUCUUGUCAAUGGAAGCUCGGAAGCCAUGUUGAUUUGCCCGCCAUUUUGAUUGAACACAAAUCGCGGGGAGGCAGUCGAGAGGCCAUUUGCACGACAAUCGGCCGAUCCUGUUUACACCAUGAGCGAGGCAAAUUCCGUUGCCGCUUCUGAGAAGUCCGAAGAUCUAGAAGAAGACUCUGUGUACAUGCUAUGCGGGCUUUGCAGGAAGCCUCCUGUUGACACGAGUCCUAAACUUUUGCCUUGCCUUCACUCAUUUUGUUUGAAAUGCUUGGAGGAGCGUUUCGCUGAGCAACAGCAAGAAAAGGUUCCCUCGACAACGACAAGUUCUUCGUCAGUUUCGAUCCCAAGGCUGAAAUGUCCAACUUGUGGUCAGGAGUUUUUAGUUCCACCGAAAGGAGUAGCCGGUUUCCUGGAUAAUCAAUUUGUGUUAGAAAACCUAGGAAAACUACAACGGAAACAGGAGAACGUAAAGCGUUUUUGUACUUCUUGUGAAGAUAACAGUCCGGCUUCUUCUUUCUGUUUGAAUUGCAGCGAUUGGCUUUGUGAUGCUUGUGUUUCUGCUCAUCAGAGAGUACGCGUUACCAAAGACCAUAAGAUACAAUCAGAAGCCCAGUAUUUGGAAAAUUCUGAGGCCGCAGACGCAAAGCCCAUUUUCUGUAACAUUCACCAACAAGAAUCCUUAAAACUAUUUUGCGCAAAUUGUGAGAAACUAACUUGCCGAGAUUGCCAGCUUCUUGAACAUAAAGAUCACAAGUAUCAGUUCAUCAAAGAAGCGGCCAUUAGCUACAAAGACUACCUUCGAGGGCAGCUGAAUCGUCUUUACGAACAGGCACAACCUUUAACAGAAUCCAUUAGAGAGGUAGAAAAAGCGGCGAAGGGCCUACAAGAACGGGAAGAAAGCAUUGCUGCUGAAAUCAGAAAAUCCUCAGAAAUGCUAGUCAAGGCAGUAAAACAGCGAGAAAAUGUUUUGUUAACAGAGCUGAAGGCUGUAGUACAUUUUAAACACAAACUUUUGUCGAAACAGAAUAAAGACCUUAGACUGAUGCAAAAGAUUCUUCAACAUAAUUACGGUUUCACCAGGCAUGUUCUAAAGAAUGGUAGUGACAUGGGGUUGUUAUACAGCAAGCGACAACUCAGUUCAAGGAUUCAAAAUCUGUUGAGUCUCAAGUACAAUGUUCUUCCAGUUGCUCACAGUGAUUUGAAAUUUUCAGUUGAAACGGAUAAACUCUGUUCUGUGAUAUCUAAACUUGGAAGUGUUAUGACUCCUGCUGACAGAACUAGUACUAAUUCAGCUAGACCUGAAGCAACAUUUCGCAGCUUAAACAAUGCAAGUAACUAUACACCAAUGCAUAGUGGUAUGGUCCCAAUAGGUGCCUCUAACCGCUCAAUGAGCUCAACUGCUCCUUUGCGACCUAAUCCCAUCGAGGCCUUGUCAGCUGUCAACAAGCGCCUUGGUCCACCAGGCAGUCAGUCGUAUUCAUCUGCUGUGAAAUAUCCAGGUUCUCUCCAAGCUGCUAUUGUUCACCCUUCUGGUGCUAGUGUGACACUAAACAGCAAAAUUGGUAUUGUGCCAGCAAAUAGUGUUUCGCGAUCGCCAUUUUCUUCCAAUCCCCGAAACCUUGCAAUCAAAACAGGGAGUGGUAUUGGCAACCUUACUCCUGUGCAGAGAAGUCCGCUUGUUAGUAACUCUGGCAUGACACGUUUGUCACCCCCUCGUCCAGUUCGUAAUGGUAACACUGUCCCGUUGCGACAUUUCCAAGACAUGGGAAGCAAAAUUGGAAAGUCGCCACCUCCCCGACCUUCAAGCAACGGUAGUAACAGUAGUCAUCAAAGUUUGUCCCCUCUUGGUGAAUCAUCAUCAUCAUCAUCAUCAUCAUCAUCUCUCCCCAAACAGAAUGGCUGGGAAGAACCUCCAAACACUCCUGACCUGCCCAGUCAAGUUUUAAAAGGUAUUUUAAUCUUGCUUUGUUUCAACCAUUCCUGUCAUAUGGGCCUUUGCCAAGCUUGUUUUCCUUUGCUGCUAAGUCCUUCAGGUGAAGUGUCAUGACCUUCAAAAGUUUAGAAUAUCAGGUUAUAUUUUUGUAGUUUAUCUAACUAAAAUCCAGGCAGGAAAAAAAUUAAAUGUGGAAGUAGUUGCUUAAAGAAGAAGGCAUAAAAACUAUACAAGUGAAAAAAGAGAAUUUUUCAGUCAGAGGGCAAGAGAAGAAUCCUGAAAGAAUUUCUGAAUUUAAUAUGUGGGAAAAACCUAAGACACAAAUUGACUUGGCAUUCUAAGAAAGCACUGAACAAUAAAUGCCUUAUAUUAUUUUUUAGUUACUCAUACAUGUGUAGAGGUUUUGUGCACAGACUCGAUCUUUAGAUCAACCUUACACAGAAUAAUAAAUGGUACCACAAGAAAGUUAUAUAUUUGGUAAUUUUAAUAACAGCUUGAUAUGAAUGAUCGCACUGAUGUAGGUGUAAUCAUUCAUUAGAGCUCUGAAAUAAUACUUUCUAGUGUGCUAUUUAUAUUUGGUGAAAACCCUGAGGAUGUAAAAAAUUUUCACUUUCAACUUGAAGAAGCCAAUGGUGUAAAUUUUUCUCUUACAUCAUCUCUUAAGUAUUCCUGUUAAGACCUGUUCCUUUGGUCAGCUUUAAGAAACAGGUUAAUUUUUCUUCUCUGUUUGUUGACAUACAUAAAUUUUUUAGCUAAUGUCUGUUUCAUUGCAAGAUUCUUGAAUAUACUUGGUCUUAAUUUUAUAAGAUACCCCCUGCACUAAUAAUUCCACAUAAUUUCAUUAAAUUAUGGAGGCACAUACAUUCAAAUCACAGAUAAAAUUGUGAGUUGUUCUUCCUUGGUUACUAUUUAACAGCAUAUAUGAAGUGUGUACUAUACAUCAAACCCCUCAGGACGGAAUUUACAAAUGGCUCUCAUUUUUUAGAACUCUUAAGAUUAAUUUUGUAAAAAGGACUCUUAAAAAUUUUCAUCAUUUUGGAAAUUCAAUCUGUGAUUUUUUAUUAGAAAUGAUGUGACUUUGGUAAUGACAAAGCAAUUUUUCAAUAAAAUAAAUAUAUUUUUUCAAGUAUUAUUUUUCAUUUUUUUAAAAUUUGAAAUGAAAAAAGCUUGACUUUUAUUGCAGCAUAUACAUGUAUGUUCCUAAAAAUAAACACAGCCAGUUCUCUUUUGUCACUAUUGUUCUGGAUGGUCUAGAUUUUUCUCCAGUAGCAUCUUUUUGUCAGUCUCAAACAUGAUUAGUUUUGAAUCAAACUGCACAGAAGAAAACUGUACAUUAUAUGUUUACAGUUUUUCUAUAUCAAAUACUAACAGAGGCAGGUGAAAUAAUAAUUAUUAUAAGUAUGUUUGAUCAUUUCCUUUCAGUGAUGUCAUUUUCUGGUAAUUUUUGGUUUGUAGCAAAUUUAAAUGAUGUUAAUGUCUCUCUGAUGUCUUUUUUUAAUGAAAGAAUAGAGCUGUUCUAUCGCAUUUUGAUCUUUCUUUAGAGCUUUAUUUUUAACAUUCACUGAUUUCUGAGGAAAGACUGAGAAAAGUGAGUUUUUUAUAACUCACUUUUUCCACUCCAAACUUCUAAACUCAAGUAAUAAAUUAUGGCCCCCCUUUUCUCACCUAAUCUUCAAAGUUUUUAAAUUUAGUUCAAGUUAAGUCAAAACAUCGUUACUUAAGCUUAUGGUUGUUCUUGAAGAAAGUAGAAAGCACAGUGUUGGAACAAAAAUAUCAUAUUAUCAAGAUUGUUAAGAAAUCUAAAACAACAUUGAAGGUUGAGGCAAAAGUAGCAAAGAUUUAGUUGAAGGUUUCUUUUGCUUUUUGUGCCAAAGGCUUACUUUAAAUUCAAAUUUAUUCAAAUUGUAAAAUAUUUUAAGUGGACAUUAAUCUUCAUAGUCUGGUGAACUAAAAUACGUCUUUUAUAGUCUACUUACUAUGAGUUCAAAGGAGUUUUUUCGGAUUUACAAUUUCCUUCAAAUGUUAGUUAUGUCAAAUUUGUAUGCAAGCUUCUUUCUUUUAGAUGACAUUUAGUGGAUGCUUCCAUACAAACCCCAUGUGUAUCACUCCAUGUUUAUUCCAUCACUUGAUAAAAAUUAGUCUUUAUUCAUUUUAAAUGCAGUUACAAUUUGACAGUAGUGAUAAAUUUGCAGUUGACUGUUUUCUUCUCCAUCUUUUUUUCCUCUCCUCUUUUAUUUGUUUUGUUUUUGGAAGUAUUGGGCCUUAUCAUGAUCAAUUCUCUUCUUUCUAAAAGUAGUUGUGAGAGGCAAAUUGAACAAAAAUUCCAAAUAUUCUUUUAAGUUCAAAUUUACCAAAAAUAGAAAGAUAGAACAUGGACUCCUGCCAAAGAUGUUUAUAAUAAAUAGUGACACUUCCUCUUGCAUGUACAAUGUAUGUGUUUCAUGACUAAGUAUAGAAGUAAAAGGGUCCUUUUUUGGCUUGCAUCAGACCAAUAUAAUUAUGUUCUUGCACAACUAAGUAACAAUAUUGUUCUUUGGGUUUCCUGUUUUGCUGAAUCAAAGUUAAUGAACUGUCUUGGUCUUUGAUAAAAAUGGCUGUUGGCCAGAUUUUAAUGUGCCUUCCAUCCAAGUCUUUGUUACCUUACACAGCACAGAUCUCUUGCUUUAGUAUAGAUGAAGCUAAACAUUUAAAGAUUUUUUUUGUUACUGUUGUCAACAUACUUUAAUCUGUUCCAGAACAACAUACAUGUACUUCUAAACAGGAUUGAAAAUAAACGUAUAUAUCUAUAUAUAUAAUUAUAAAAGAGAGAACAUGAGUGAUAUGUUGUAGUGAGUGGCUUCUGUAAUUUGGGUGUUACAUGUAGACCAUCCCAAGGCUGUGCUCUAAAGAAAAUUGAAGGGAGCCCAGUGCUCUGAACUUGCGAAAUCCAGUGUUCCCAGCAUAUGGUUUCUAUGAAAAAGCUAAGAUUUUCUAGUCGCCCGAGAGGAAAAAGUUAGGCACCACGGGCCACCGGGCUCUGCUAGAGCACAGCCUUGCAUCCUUAUUUUAAUCAAGCACAAAUGGACAAUGUUCCCUUGUCGGUCUACUGUGGUACCAAUGAGCUGCUUUCUUAUUUGACUGGUAUGCCUGUGAUUGUUGUACAUCAUUUAAAAAAGGGGAACAAUAAUUUCACAGCCUUUCAACAGCAUUUUUUAUCAUUUGCCCUUCUCUUCAGGUGCUACUUCACCUACUAGUACUGUAGAUCCUGUCGUGCCGCCCCCAAAGGUACCCAAACUGCUUCCUGUCUUAAAGAGAAGCAAUAGUACCCAGGAAACAUCAGAGCCUGUGGUACCUCCUGCAAUACCAAAACUACUUCCUGUAUUAAAGAGAAGUCAUAGUUCCCAGGGAGUGACUGAACCUGUGGCUGCGUCACCACCACCAAUAAAAGUAAAGCAAGAAAAACCUGAAUCUCCAAUGGAUUUUUCGCCUUGUCAAGAGUCUAUGCAGAAGGUGUGUGGGCAGUUGAAUAUGAAAUAAUUGCUUGUUUUUGUUUUUCACUGUCUAACUAACCAAAUUGAAUAUAGAAUAAACUGUGGGUGCUCUGAGUGGCUAAAUAAAUGUUUUUAUCAGAAGGAAAAGGGCAGAAAAGCGUGGCUUUUGUGACAAAAAGGCUUCUCUCUAUGUGGCAACUGUUCCAAUUUAAUUGGAACUGUCAGUAUUCAAAGAGGCCACAUACUGUUCUCUGAUUACAUUCAGUUACGUAAGUCUUUCUACAAAGUCAUGUGUCUUGGCAGAGGGGAGGGAUGUUUUUAUGUUAUAAUAACUGGCCUCCCAAGCAUGCAAAGAGUACACUCUCCGAUAACUAGGGGCUAGUGGAUUUUGCUAUCGGGCUAGUUAAAUCUGUUGUUAGCUUGCAUGGCACAUAUCUUGGAGAAUUCAAAUUACAGAAGAACUGUAAUCAAUCCUGCUCGUCGAAAGUUUUUGAGGGCUAGUUGAUAUGACUCUUGGGCUAGUACAUGCUAGCUACAGCUUGCCCAAUUGGCAAGUUGUAAAACUGGCUUUCUUUGCACCCAGGUCCUACUAUUUAUUCUUAACAAUUAUUGCAUGAGGCUGAGUAUCAUGUGAAGGAUUAGCCAAGGCGGAUAACACACUCUGAGAUCUGCAUAAUUCUUCAGAUGAUAUGAAAGUCGAAUUCAUUAUUAUUGUUUUAUUGUUCAUGUAAAAUAAUUUCGAGUUUAAAAACAUGCUUGCCUCCAUGGAUGUUAAGUUUAUCUUUGGUAGUGCAUGUGUAUCUGCAAAUUUAGGAGAUAAAGGGUUGUUUGUUUCUGCUAAUAUUCUUUAAAUGGCCGAUGUCGUUUGUUAAGUUGUCCUCUUGCUGUUCUUGCGAUCUUUUUAGCCAAUAGUUCCUUUUCUUCCAACCUGACCUCAUCCCUAAGUCUUCUCAGUUAACUGUUCAGUUUUCUGGCGAUUAUGCUGCUCAGUUGAGGUCAUUUUUCACAUAUUGCAAGAUUCAUCCAAAUUUGGUCAACAGUACAUAGUAGCUGGUUACGUGUUUUACCCAAUCUGAAAUGGAGAAAUAUUUUGAAUGAAUAAUAAUAUACAUUAUUGAAUUUUGCCUAUGAUUUUUAGCAGCAACAAGAAGAUGCCACAAGCGGUGAGAGUGGAAUUGAUGAGACAAGUUCAAAUGAUGACUGGUGUGCUGUGUGCCGUAAUGGUGGAGAACUUUUAUGCUGUGAUACUUGUCCACGUGUUUUUCAUUUGCAGUGCCAUGUACCAUCCCUUGCUAAUCUUCCAAGGUAAAUCUUGUAGUACAUCAGUGUACAGUGAACAUCAACUUAAGAGAUCCAUUGACCAAAAAGUUGGCACAAUAUAAUGAAAGCCCAAGUUGAAGCUUAUGUUCUUAAAAGUUUUGAAAAAGGCAGCCCUUUAGUCUCUGUUUUGUAGUUAUAUUAUGUUAUGUUGAAAAAAAAAAUCUGGCAUCAACCAUGCUGCCUCCUCUUAAAAAUUGGUUCAAAGCUGAAGGUGAAAGUUUUGGGGCAGGUUCAUUUUUUAGUGAAUUGUUCUGUUUAACACCAAGGGUCUCAGCAUUGAACUGUGGUCAUUUUACUUUCAUUAGUGACUCGUGGAGUUGUGGAUUGUGCAGGGAGGUUGACUGGAAUGCUUUAAGACAGAGGGGUAUGUCCAAUUUAAAUUUAUUGUAAUUUGAUAUUAUUUUUGAGGCAUGUUUUUACUGGGCAUAAUGUAAGGUUGAGAGUCUUUUGACCUUAAGCAAACAAAAAAUUGGAGUCUUGGGCAGAGUCGUAACCUUGACUGAAUUGGAAACCUAAGAAUAAGAACUAUUCUAUUUUUUCCUAACUCCACUUAUGACUCUGCUGCUAGUGAAAAUCAGAUUGUCAAAGAUGAAAGCAGAAGCAGAAAGUUUUAGUGUGACUCCAAGAAUGUGUGUUUGACUAGAUCAUUAGUGAUGGAGGUACAUUGUUUAGCAGAAUCGGAAUGCUGUUUUCACUAGAUCUUACGUUCUGAUUACAACACUGUGAAAACCAGCCUUUUGUGAGAAUGUAUCUCUCCAGCAGUUCAUUUAAAUUAUCAAACUUUCUUAACAACACAGAUCUGGAAGGGGUCUCCCCUGGAAAUAAAAGACGCUCUUCUUGUAAUGGUCUGACAGAGUUUGAGAAAAAGGUAAUUGAAGUAUUCUUUAUCCAGUCCCUUUGAUGAAUUAUUAAUAUUGUAAGCAGUUCUUUUCUUAGCUUAUGUUUAACAUUUUACUCAUUUUUUUUUUAAAUAAGGCCUGUGAAAAAAUUUUGCUGGAGCUGUUUUGUCAUGCAGACAGUAUUCCAUUCCAACAGAAAGUUAGCAAAUCGGUAAGUGAAAGCAUUAUUUUUCAAAAACCAAGAAUGACUAAGUGAGUAGCAUAAGUUCCUGUUGUCGGGACAUUUUCUCUUGAAGGAUUAAAAUUGUUCCAUUUUAGUUUACGAGGCAAUAUAGGCAACUAAAGUGAGUAGUUGUACAUGUUAUAUUUUGAUGGAUUGCCAUUUUUUAGAUUAAUUUUCCUUUUGAGUAUCCACCUCUCAUAAGAUUAUAUUUUUUGCAUUUAAGGUGACAGUCAACUCUGAGAGAGUUGACAGUAGAGGCAUUCUAAGUAACUGAAACCAUGCAGAGAGAGGGGGGGGGGGGAUUAUUAACUUUGUUCCCCUGAAAUAAGGGGAAGAGAAUGGAUAGUAUGGUCAUCUUCUUUACAUUUAUUUCUUUUCCCAGCAGUUCCAUUUAUAAAAUUCAUAUAUUCAUUAUUUCAACCAAAGUCUUGUUCCAAAGUUUACUAGUAGACCAUUGUUUCUUUUUUAGGUUCCUAAUUAUUACAAAGUGAUUACUCACCCAAUGGAUUUGUCAAAUGUCCGUGCAAGGCUUCAAACACAGAACUUUGCACACUAUCAAACCUUCCAUGAGUUUGUUGGAGACUGUCGCCUGAUCUUUGAGAACUGUGCAAUAUUUAAUGAAGUAAGUACUACUUCUUUUAACAAUAAUUAUUGCUGUCAAAUGAACCCCUAGUCAAUAAUUGUGAAAUUUUUAAGAGAUUAUUAGAUAAUGCCUGGCUUAAAAUUGAUUGAACAAUCAAUAUUCAUUACAGCUGCAAAAUUUACAGCCCUUAUCAAGGAAGAGGAAGGGCAUACAUAAAACAGCUACAUGUCGAUCACUGAGAUUGUUGUUUCCAAAAUAAAACAUGCAGUAAAAUUAUUCAUGAAUUUAAGUUUGGUAGUAUUGCUCCUUUUCCAUUAGACUAAUGAAGUUCAUUAUUUUUUGGUUAGCUUUAAGGUUGACUUCAGUUUUAAGCAAAGUAUAUAAUUUUUGUUUAGUUAUUGUUUUUUAAAGUUACAAUACCUAUCAAUUACUGCAAGGACAUUUCUCUUCAUCGACCCUUCCAAAGCCUUUUUUCACACCUUUGACUCUUCUGGGCCACUGCGAAAGAGCAUGAAUAGACAAAAAAAAUGAUAUAACAUUAUUUUGUGGACAAAAAAGGCUGCACUCUAGCAGGGCCCAGGGGCCCCUGCUACCUAACUUUUGCUCCCAUGCAAAAAGGAAGUCUUAUUUUCCUCUUAGAAAAUAUAACGCUGGGCACCUUUAUUUCACAAGUUCAGAGCACUGGGCAUUGUUAAAGUUAUUUUCUUAGAGCACAGCCUUCACAAAAGCUCAACUAGGAAAUGUGAACAUUAUUAACGUGGAAUCCAUCAGGAAAUUGAGUAAUCUUAAUUUUUAGUGGACAAAAACCUUGUACCAGAAUAAUUUAAGCCACAUUGAAUUCUUUUCUACAGUUUUCAAGGGCUAUAGAUAUACUUAGUUAUCUGUAAUAACACCAAAGACAAUUUCUCAUGGGAGCCUGUGAAAAUUGAUUUAAAUUUCACAGGAAUUGUGAAAACACAUGUAAAAUUUCAUGGGUAAGAUUUCAUUUUGUGAAAUUUGAAGCUUUUCUUAGGCUCCUAUGAGAAAUUUUCUUUGGUGUUAUUACAUAUAACUAAUUACAUCUUUUGCCCUUGAAAAGUGUAAAAAAGAAUGUAAUAUGCUCAAAAUUAUUUUGUACAACGAUUUUGUGUGAUAGAAAAAAUAAAAAAUUUACUCAGUUUCCUGAUGGAUUCCGUCUUAAUUUUCAUGCAUACAGAUGAGAUAUAAAUGUUCCCCGUGUCUAUUUAUUUUCCAAGAGGAAAAAGGGACUAGGAAUUUGUUCAGUUUGUUAAACACUGUCUUGUACUGGAAUGUUUCCUAUAGGCAACUUCUGAAGUUGGCAAAAUGGGCCUCAAUUUAGAAGUAUAUUUUGACGCCGUGCUGAAAAAGUACCUGCCAAAUUAUGUGGAUCCAUCUGGGGAACCCAAGCCAAAGAGGAGAAAAGAUGAAGCAAGGAUGUAUAUACUGAAUCAAUGA